CCGGGCCGACCCGCCGCCAUAUCGCGCUGCCCCCUGGGUACUGUAGUUUUCGGCGGCACGGCGGAGGAUGCCUUCCCGCUCCUUAAAAUCCCCCUGAAGGAAAGCCCUGACCAAGUGGAAGAGUUGCCCAGCUUCUUGGUGAGCCCUGCCUUUUGUGGAGGAAAAAGGUCUCCAGGCUGAUGCUCGUCCCUGCUGAAUUACUACUAGCAGCCUCAGGGAUAGGCUCUGGAAAUUGACUUGUCUUCACUCUGUCCUCGUUUUCUCCUCUCUCUACCUGAAUCAACGGAGUGAUUAGCUUGUUUCUGCUUUCCUGCUCUUAUUUCCUAUACAAACUCUAUCUAGUAACAGACCCUUGCCUGAGAUGCUAACUGUCUUUAUUUCAAAACAACUUUUAAACAAACAUGUUUUCCAUCUGUACAAUAGCAGACAAUGGUUGCUUAAGGUUCCAUGUUUUGGAACAUUUUUGGAGUUUAAGGAUUUUACAUGCUGCUUCCAAAAAAGGCUGAGUGUGGGAUAAUCCUCACAGAAGAAAAAUCUACCUUGUGAAUGUUUUUUUGCCUUUUGUGAGCAAUUUUUUUACUUCUGUGUCAAUGGCAAAAAUACGUGUUGCUUACAGGAAUUUUUACUUUUAAAGCAAGAUGUUGCUGGGUAGCAAAGGGGCUGCAUGGCAUCUUUUUAUGUCACUGUGGAAAAGAAAGCCUGCGACUGCUAGAUAUGAGCCUCCUAAACUCAGAUUGCAAUCCAAAGUUCUUCUCAAGCUACAUCACUAAAUAAAAAUUGUUAGGAUACCACUUAAGAGACGCUCAAAUAAUAUUGAGUUUUCAAAUGGCUGAAACUUAUUUUUUACCCACAUUGUGUUAUAAAAAAGUUAAUUUUUAUUUGAACAUAUGAUUAUAUGGUUUGUUCUCGUUAUCUGUUCCCACAUAAAACUUUAUGCUGUAAGUUAUGAAUUUUUUUCCAGCUGGUAAUAGUAUUGAAAUACAUUAGUUUGCAAGAACAUAAGAAAUUACUAUUUGACUGAGUUGCCAGCAUGGUGAGUUAGUUACUUCAGCUGGCAACAGUGUCACCCUUCAAGCCUGUCCUUCUAAUAAUUUUAAGCAGUAGGCUUAAUGGAGCAUAAACAUGCAUCAUGAACCUUAUUCUUUCCUACUGUUGAUGUGCACACUACUGUCGUAUGUCCUACUAUUGACUGUGCAUAGACUCAUUUUUAUGCACAGCAAAAAUGCAUAGCCUCAUUUUUAGAUCAACAGAAUCAAUUUACAGUGUGAUUUGUAAACAGUUUUUAACUACAAGAAAUACCUGGAAUGGGACAGAAUAUAUUUCGCACGUUUGGAAACAUCAGGUGGGACUUCUGUUCUGCAAAUUUUGUGCUCCUCACUCCUAGACUAUUUGUAUGUAUGCAAGUUUCUGUCCUCUCUUCCCAGCUGGAAUGGCUGAACUUUCCCAUUCAUUGGCUGGCAGCACAGUGUCGUCAAUGGGGUGGUAGUAUUGGGACAUAUUGGGUAUUACAUUUUAACUGGAGGCUGCUUAUCUCCUUUCUCUUUGUGCAUCUGAACUCUUGAGUACUGCUUUCCUCAGUCUGUCAGCACAUAGGACAGAACUAAUGGCUGAUCGAGUGUUGGUGAUUGGCAGUGGUGGAAGAGAGCAUGCACUGGCCUGGAAGUUGGCCCAGUCCCCACAUGUGAAACAAGUGUUUGUUGCUCCAGGAAAUGCAGGAACAGCUGACAAUGGGAAAAUAUCCAAUUCGGCUGUUUCAGUCAGCAAUCAUGCUGCACUUGCCCAAUUCUGCAAAGAUCAGGAAAUCGGGCUGGUUGUGGUUGGUCCAGAGGCUCCUCUUGCUGCUGGUAUUGUUGAUGACUUGACAGCUGCUGGAGUAAGGUGUUUUGGUCCAACAGCAAAGGCAGCUCAGCUGGAGUCCAGUAAGAGCUUUACCAAAGCCUUUUUGGAUCGUCAUGGGAUUCCAACUGCAAGAUGGAAAUCUUUUACAGAUCCUAAAGCAGCAUGUAACUUUAUUAACAGUGCAAACUUUCCAGCUCUUGUUGUGAAAGCCAGUGGCCUUGCAGCUGGCAAAGGAGUUGUUGUGGCUUCGGACAAAGAAGCAGCUUGCAAAGCUGUGACUGAAAUCAUGCAGGACAAGACUUUUGGCACAGCUGGAGAAACUGUUGUUGUUGAAGAACUUCUUGAAGGAGAAGAAGUUUCUUGUUUGUGUUUCACUGAUGGCAUCACAGUUGCUCCCAUGCCUCCAGCUCAGGACCACAAACGAUUAAUGGAUGGUGAUGAAGGCCCUAACACUGGUGGGAUGGGAGCUUAUUCCCCAACACCUCAGAUUUCUAAAGAUUUACUUCAGAAAGUAAGAGAUACUGUUCUUCAGAAAACUGUUGAUGGCAUGAGGAAAGAAGGUGUCCCGUAUUCUGGUGUGCUUUAUGCUGGAUUAAUGCUUACAAAAGAUGGACCUAAAGUUCUAGAAUUUAACUGCAGAUUUGGUGACCCAGAAUGUCAGGUAAUUCUUCCCCUGUUGAAAAGUGAUUUAUAUGAGGUUAUGCAAGCUGUUAUCAAUAAAACGCUGUCUAGUUCCAUGCCAGUUUGGUUUGAAGACAGUGCAGCUGUGACCGUGGUCAUGGCUAGCAAAGGGUAUCCAGGAACAUAUCCCAAGGGCUUGGAAAUAACAGGACUUUCUAAGGCUAAACAACUAGGACUGGAGGUGUUCCAUGCAGGCACAUCCCUCAAGGAUGGUAAAGUGGUGACUAAUGGUGGAAGAGUCCUUACAGUAACUGCUAUUAAAGAGGAUCUAAUGACAGCACUGCAAGAAGCCAACAGAGGAGUAGCAGCCAUACUCUUCAAUGGUGCCAUUUAUAGAAAGGACAUUGGCUAUCGGGCUAUAGGUUUCCUGAAACAAUCCAGAGGCCUGACUUACAAAAACAGUGGGGUAGACAUUGUAGCAGGGAAUACUUUGGUUCAGAAAAUUAAACCCCUAGCUGCAGCCACAUCAAGGUCAGGCUGCAGUGCGGAACUUGGAGGCUUUGCUGGCCUCUUUGAUUUGAAAGCAGCUGGUUACAGAGAUCCUAUCUUGGUAUCUGGAACUGAUGGUGUUGGCACAAAACUCAAGGUUGCACAAGUGUGUAAGAAACAUGACACAAUUGGUGAGGACCUGGUUGCCAUGUGUGUCAAUGACAUCCUGGCUCAAGGAGCAGAGCCCCUCUUCUUCCUUGACUAUUUUGCCUGUGGCAAACUCGACGUCGGAGUGGCUCAGAGUGUUGUUGCAGGAAUAGCUGAAGCUUGCAAAAAGGCAGGAUGUGCUCUUUUGGGGGGUGAAACUGCUGAAAUGCCAGGCAUGUAUCCACCUGGAGAGUAUGAUCUGGCUGGCUUUGCUGUUGGUGCAGUGGAGCGAGGACAGAUGCUGCCCCAGCUGGAGAGAAUUGCUGAUGGAGAUGUGGUUAUUGGAGUAGCUUCCUCUGGGGUUCACAGCAAUGGCUACAGCCUUGUAAGGAAGAUUGUGGAAGAGUCAUCAUUUGAUUUCUCUUCUCCAGUUGGCAUGUCUGGCGACCAGACAUUAGGAGAUCUCUUGUUAACCCCAACUAAGAUCUACAGUAAGACUCUGUUGCCUGUCCUUCGCUCAGGCCAUGUGAAAGCCUAUGCCCACAUCACUGGAGGGGGCUUGCUGGAAAACAUACCAAGAGUUCUCCCAGAUUCCUGUGGUGUUGUUUUAGAUGCUCUUACGUGGAAGAUUCCUGAAAUCUUUUGCUGGCUCCAUAGAGAAGGGGACCUCUCUGAGGAGGAAAUGGCUCGAACAUUUAACUGUGGGAUCGGUGCUGUCUUGGUAGUUCAGAAGGAGCUGGCUCAGCAGGUCCUCAAGGAUGUACAGAGACAAGAGACAGCCUGGCUCAUUGGGAAAGUUGUCUCACUGCAAAAAGGCUCUGAACGUGUUCAAGUACAUAAUAUGCUUCAAGCCUUGCAAGCAAAUAGGUCACUGUCUCUGCACAGCCAUAUCCAAGGCAAAAACCAGACAAACAAAGUGAAGGUUGCUGUCCUCAUCUCUGGAACAGGCACAAACCUGGAAGCGCUCAUAAAUAGCACAAAGAAGUCCAGCAGUUUUGCACAAAUAAUCCUUGUUAUUUCUAACAAAGCUGGUGUGGAGGGGUUAAGGAAAGCUGAAAAAGCUGGUAUUCCUACAAGGGUUAUUGACCAUAAAUCAUUUGGAAGUCGCACUGAAUUUGACAGUGCAGUUGAUAAAGUGCUUGAGGAAUUCUCAGUUGAACUGAUCUGUCUGGCUGGAUUUAUGCGAAUACUGUCAGGUCCUUUUGUCAAAAAAUGGGAAGGAAAAAUACUGAACAUCCACCCAUCUCUACUGCCGUCUUUUAAGGGAGCAAAUGCCCACAAAUUGGUCUUAGAAGCAGGAGUCCGAGUCACAGGCUGUACUGUACACUUUGUAGCUGAGGAGGUCGAUGCUGGAGCAAUCAUUUUCCAGGAGGCGGUUCCAGUGCAGAUUGGUGACACGGUGGAGACUCUGUCUGAAAGGGUGAAGGAGGCCGAGCACCGAGCCUUCCCCGCUGCCCUGCAGCUUGUGGCCAGCGGGGCCGUACGGGUGGGGGAAGCCGGGAAGAUCCACUGGAAGUAGGAGCAGCCCGGCCCUCAGGGUCCUCGGAUGGGACAGCUGGGGUGCCUGGGUUGGUCAAAAGUGAGGUCACAGCCCAAUAACAUGCACACUGGGUUGUCCUGACAGUGUUUUUGAUGUGGAGUUUACCAUGUUGUGUUCCUACUCGAAUGGUUAAAGAUUUGAAGUAAAGUCCAGAGAAAGCUGCAAAUGGGAAUAUUAAGGCAGGGGGCUGUUCUCAGUAGUUUCAGCAAUGGCUUUGUUACACUCUUCCUAAUUUAAAUCACUUCCUCGGCCAGCAUUUUGUUUCUCAGUCACUUCCUUAAACUAUAAAACAUUCAAUUGCUCACAGAGAGAUCGGAGUAUCUUAGAAACUCAUGUAGGAACAUUGGUUUUGCUCUCUAAUAUUCCAUAUCUGCUAUAACGGGAUUCUCUUGGCAUGUGCUGUGAAGUGUCUGUGAGGAAAAGUACUGGAACCAGUUCCGUGGAAGAGACAGCUGAAGGCAAAAUACUUUACUCAUAAAAAUCUCUAGCCAAAACAAGAAAAAAUGGCCUCCAAGAACACUAACUAUACCUGCAGAUAAUGAAAUGUUUGGUGUUUUUUUCAUAUAGUUUCUGUUUUAAUGUGGGUAGAUCUUGUCUGUCCCAGAUUCUGCAGACAUAUCCUGUAAUUUCAGAUAUUGGACCUGCUAUUAAUCUGAUGCUAAACAGAUUUAAAUGUCUGCUUACCAUUUCCCUUCAAGCAUCCCUAUGUGAGUCCACAUGUGAAUUCCCCUCAGAGAUUUGUUCAGAGCCAAAGGAAUCAUUUUUCUUUUAUUUGACUGAGCAGAUGAGAUGUUCUUCAGAAAUUCCACUGCAGUUAAGUGUCUUUAUUCUUGGAACAGUAUUUUACCUGGAAUAGUACUGAUGGAAGCCCAGGAAAUCUUACCAUUCUGAAAACAGUAAAGUUUUCUGCACAGCUGAAGUCUUUUGAAAAAGUACCUGGUUUUCUUUUAAUGUUUUAGCCUAGCUGUGAAAAAAAAUUAGAUGUAUUUAGUAAAAUAAUCAGUUUUUCCCCCAUGCAAACCAGAAGCAUCUGACUGAAGCUGAUUAUGUGUGUUCUAGAGCUCCUCUUUAUUACAGAGAAAGCUGAUUUGUAUUCUGUGCACUGAUGUCCUUAUGGUACUUCUGUGUUAAUGUAAUCUCAACUGGGUUUUGAAAUAAAGUCUAAUAAAGUAAAAAAAACCAAGCAAA